GUUCACAUACCAGUAAGCCCAAGGCACCGAAGUUCCUGUUGAAAACUCAGAUACCUGUGCCCACCCGCAAGGAGGUGAUGCGGGUGCCCGGGCUGGGCGGCAAGCCGUUAAAAAAGCAACCUCCCUGGGCGAGGAGCUGGAGCCGCAUCGCUCCCCGUGAACCUCGGCCUGAGCCGCGGGCUCCCGGGAGGUCCCCGCCCACACGAGAAGGCGCGGGCCGGGAACGCCGAGGCCAUGGUACCGGAGCGGGCGCCGGACGGCCCCCUCCGCACGCCUCCCCCAGAAGGCCUCCGAACCGGUUGCAGGGGAGCGGGGGGUCACGGUCGGGCUUCCGGCGGCGGCGGCGGCGGCGGCGGCCGGGUGUGGCAGGGAGAGGACCCGGACCGCGCAGGCCCCCGCCUCCACCCGCGCCGAGCCCCUCCGCGUCUUCCGGGCGGCGGCGGGUUGGGCCGGCUGGUUGGGCGGGAGCGGGAGGCGACCCGGGCGCGGGGCGGAGCCGGCGCGGCGCAGCUGCGGGGACCGACAUGGGCAGCGGCGUGGGGGCGCCCUUGCGGCCUGCGGCCUGGUCAUGCCUGCAUACCUUUCAGAAGCUCAACCAGAGGCGGGACAUCUCCUCCUGGCUGACUCGAUGGUUCCCCAAGACCCCAGCCAAGUCCGUGGUGGCCCAGAAAACGCCCAUCAAGGUGGAGUUGGUAGCUGGGAAAACCUACAGAUGGUGUGUGUGUGGCCGUAGCAAGAAGCAGCCCUUCUGUGACAGCUCUCACUUCUUCCAACGCACUGGUCUAUCCCCACUCAAGUUCAAGGCCCAGGAGACCCGCACAGUGGCCCUCUGCACCUGUAAGGCUACCCAGAAGGCCCCGUACUGCGAUGGCACCCACCGGAGUGAGCGGGUGCAGAAGGCAGAAGUGGGUUCCCCACUCUGAGGGACCAGCCCCAGGCCUCUGGUGGGAGUGCUGAGGCCAAGAAGGGACCACCCAGGGACCCCAGUCCCAUCUGCUGGUUGCAAAGGGCUUACUCCCAAGACCUGAGGUCUCUCAGGCAGCUGGGGACCCCACCCCUGGCUCAACACCUACUGGUGAAAGUGGCAUUAAACUCUGUACCCACCCAG